AUGCUCUGUGCUCUCCUGCUUAGUGCAGGCAUGUUGGUUGGCCCUGUCGCAACACAGGAAGCCGAGCCCGAGCAAGUCCGGUUAUCCCCUCCUUCGCUCUCGAGACUAGGAUCUAUGCCUUUGUCGCCGCCCCGUUCCAUCACGUUGAAGGACUUGCGGGUUAUGAAAGACCAGUACGGCAAUGAGCAAUGUUGCCCGCCUGGGACCAUACUCGUCGGAGGCCAGUGUAUCUUGCCCCAUAGCAAUGUCUGCCCUGAAGGCACUGUACAGGAGGGAAAUGUAUGCGUGGGCAAACCGUUAUGUCCUCCGAAAUUCCACUAUGAUGGCCAGAAAUGCAUCUCCGAUCACCCCCCGCGUUGUCAAACCGGAUCACGCUUCAAUGGCAAGGACUGUGUAUCGACGGGCGACCCCUUUUGCCCAGAGGGCUCCACCUUCAAUGGACAUAGCUGUGUCAGCACGACACCACCUACAUGUCCAAGUGGCGCCCAACUGAAGGACAAUAUUUGUGUUACCAAGCAAUCGCCCACUUGCCCGCGUGGAAUGCAGUUUGAUGGUGAACAAGGAUGCGUUAGCACAGAACCCCCUAGCUGUCCAGAGGGCGCUCAAUUCUCAGAGGGUCUUUGUAUCUCCGUCGUGCCUCCCUCGUGUGAGCGGCCGUUCGUCCUUCAAGGCAACACCUGCAUUCAUUCUUCCAAGCCCGAGUGCCCCACAGGUGCCACCUUCGAUGGCACUGUGUGUGUUUCUGUGACGCCCCCAAGCUGUAAGACCGGUGUCUUUGAUGGAGGAGUGUGCAAGGACAAGCAGCCUCCCAUUUGUCCACCGCGUACCACCCUCAAAGGGUCCAGCUGUACUGUAGAGACUGGUGCGUCCUGCCCUGCGGGGCAGUCUCUGUCCAUAUUCCAGGACCAAGUCCGCUGUUGUCCGGACGGAUUUAGCUGGGAUGGGUCAUUCUGUGUCCUGAAACGAGAGGGCGACAACUGCCCUCCUGGCAGCCACUUCGACGGUACCAAAUGUGUUUUCACGCCCACCGUGCAGCCCAUCUGCCCCCCAAGGACAACCUGGAAUGGCAAGGACUGUAUCCUUUCAGUGCCACCCCGAUGCUCUUCCGGCUUCACGUUUGUCAGCGGGAACUGUGUAAGCAAGGAUACACCUGAAUGUCCGGAAGGGACGACCUUUGAUGGUCACAAAUGUGUCUCCCCUACUCCACCUCGCUGUCCUGGAGACACGACCUUAAAAGGCCGGGACUGCAUGUCUUCCGACCCUCCUCUUUGCCCACCACGGACUACAUUCAAUGGCCACUCUUGCGUGCUCAACGUACCACCCACCUGCCCUCCUGGUUCCACUCUUACUGGCCAUAGCUGUCGCUUCCCCGAUGUUCCUGAUUGCUCUGGUGGCUCCUUUACUGGAGGACAUUGCGUUGUGCCAGUACCCCCCAAGUGCCCGCCAUCAUUUAUCUUCAACGGAAAGGAGUGCAUACACGAGAACCGGCCCCGCUGCCCUCAAAACUACGUCUACGAUGGGAAGAACUGUGUCUCUUCCGACCCACCAGACUGUGGAUCGGAUGCUAUUUUUGACGGCACUAACUGCGUCGACAUUACGCCUCCAAAAUGCCCUGACGGCACAUCCUAUGAUGGCCAUGGUUGUUCUGGUGGCAAGCCUCCAAAGUGCCCGGAGGGAAUGACCUUCAACGGGCGCGAUUGUAUUGACGGAAAGCCACCCCGGUGCCCUAAGGAUACCACUUUCAACGGUGAAAAAUGUGUCUCCAAUGAAAAGCCUGAGUGUCCAACGGGCACAACCUUUGAUGGCUCCAAGUGUGUGAACGAGAGACCCCCGGAUUGCCCAGAGAAUACGAGUUUCAACGGCCAUGCCUGUGUCUCUACCAUCCCUCCCGUUUGCUCGGAUGGCACUGUAUUCGAUGGCUCUAAGUGUGUCACGAAAAAUCCACCAGUUUGCCCACCGGGCACCAGGCUCGAGAACGGUAUGUGUGUUAUCACCACCGAUCCCAUCUGCGCCGAGGGAACGACCUUCAAUGGAAAGAUGUGUACCACCGCCACUCAAGCGGAAUGUUACCAGAUGCACGAAAAUUGGAUGUUGACAGCGGGUUGGCCUUGCGCCUACGCGCUCCUUUGUCAGAUAGUCACCAAGGCAGAAUCUCACAGAUAG